AAACGUCUCGUCUGCCGUACGAUUGCAAUCCGCGUCUCUCCCCUCUCAAUAUUCAAUGAACGGCCUAGAUCAUCUUUUGCGGUGACGCGGAUCAUGACUUCAAAGUUCGUAUAGCCAUCGAUAACCCCUUUCAAUCUACGGUCUGGAUUCGCUAAUUCAAAUAUCUCGAAAACACACAAAAUUUUAAUGUUCCCGCUUUUUCCAAAUUUUGCCCUUAUGAAAGACCUCCCAAAUCCCUUUUCCUCAACGCAACACCAAAAUCUCUCUGACUACUCUUGUUUUCUUCGAAUUUGCAAUGGCUCGCACCAAGCAGACAGCUAGAAAAUCAACGGGCGGUAAGGCGCCGCGGAAGCAGCUGGCCACCAAGGCUGCUCGGAAGUCGGCACCGGCCACCGGAGGUGUGAAGAAGCCACACCGCUUCAGACCUGGAACCGUGGCUCUGAGGGAGAUCAGGAAGUACCAGAAGAGCACUGAGCUUCUGAUCCGAAAGCUUCCAUUCCAGAGGCUGGUGAGAGAGAUUGCUCAGGAUUUCAAGACUGAUUUGAGGUUCCAAAGCAGUGCGGUUGCAGCGCUUCAGGAGGCAGCUGAGGCGUACCUUGUGGGGCUUUUUGAGGACACUAAUCUCUGUGCUAUUCAUGCCAAGAGAGUCACCAUCAUGCCUAAGGAUAUCCAGCUUGCUAGAAGGAUUAGGGGAGAGAGAGCUUAAAUUCCCAGUUGUGUAUUCGAUAUGUACUUUCCUUUUUAUUUUCAUAAAUUUCACUUAGAUUC